AAUUAACAAAUCUCUCUCUCUCUCUCUCUCUCUCUCUCUCUCUCUCUCUCUCUCUUUCUGCAUAUUCUUAGCAUAUCUUAAACUCCAAUUCCAUUUCCGUUGCUAGAUAGAAAGAAAGAAAGAAAGAAACCACCGCGAAUUUCAAAUCGCUUUCACCUUCAGACUCUCUCGCACUCAAAUCUCACUCCAAAUCACGUUCCUCCAGCUCCAGAUCACACCGAGUUUCCGUCCAUGCUCGGUUUGGACUCGAUCUAGAUCGAGUUCUUGAUACUUUGAUAGUGUGGGGGGGAUAUAGAUGAAGAACGGGAUGAUAGAAUGCAGUGUUUGCCAUUCCAAAUUGGUAUCGCCUGCCACCAAAACUGUAUCAAGGGCUUAUGAUCGACACAAAAGUAGGAUAACAUCCAAACAACGUGUACUCAACAUCUUAUUGGUUGGUGGUGACUGUAUGUUAGUUGGUUUCCAGCCUAUUCUAGUCUAUAUGUCCAAGGUGGAUGGGAAAUUCAAUUUUAGCCCAAUUAGUGUUAAUUUUUUGACAGAGAUCACAAAGGUUUUCUUUGCUAUUGUUAUGCUUCUUCUCCAGGCUAGGCAUCAAAAAGUUGGGGAGAAGCCUCUUCUCUCAAUUUCUACACUUAUGCAGGCUGCUCGCAGCAAUGUCCUUCUUGCCGUUCCAGCAUUUCUGUACGCUAUAAACAACUAUCUGAAGUUUGUCAUGCAGCUUUAUUUUAAUCCUGCUACUGUGAAGAUGUUAAGUAAUUUGAAGGUUUUAGUUAUAGCACUUUUGUUAAAGGUGGUUAUGAAGCGCCGGUUUUCAAUCAUUCAGUGGGAAGCCCUUGCUCUCUUGCUCAUUGGUAUAAGUGUUAAUCAAUUACGAUCGUUACCCGAGGGAAGUACAGCUUUGGGUGUUCCUGUCACAAUGAGUGCAUAUCUCUAUACAUUUAUUUUUGUUACUGUUCCAUCAAUGGCCUCUGUUUAUAAUGAGUAUGCUUUGAAGAGCCAAUAUGAUACAAGUAUAUAUCUGCAGAACUUAUUCUUGUACGGGUAUGGAGCUAUGUUCAAUUUUCUUGGAAUACUCGUGACUGCUAUUGUCAAAGGUCCUAGCAGCUUUGAUAUCCUAGAAGGCCAUUCAAAAGCCACUAUGUUAUUGAUUGCAAACAAUGCUGCCCAAGGGAUAUUAUCAUCUUUCUUCUUCAAAUAUGCAGAUACAAUUUUGAAGAAGUACUCGUCAACAGUUGCAACAAUCUUUACGGGCAUAGCAUCUGCAGUACUAUUUGGACAUAAAUUAACAAUGAACUUUCUCAUUGGCAUUUCUAUUGUAUUCAUCUCAAUGCACCAGUUCUUUUCCCCGAUGUCAAAAGUCAGAGAUGAACAGAAUGGUGUGUUAGAAUUGCAUGAUGUUGAGGACAAACAAAGGUCAAAGGACUCGUUUAUAAAUAUGGCAGCUGGAGCAAAUGAGGAGGCCACUCAUCGAGUGGGGCAUGAUGAGAGACAGCCACUUCUCCCCACCUAGAUUGACCUACUGUAUUUUCAAAGAAUAUUUUUUUGGUGAUAUCUGAUAGAUAUGGCCCACACAGUUAAGUCAUAAUAAAGUAAAAAAGUUUUUGCUGCCUUUCUGGGAUAGCUUUCCACAGAAAGUAUUUCUCUAGAGGUUUCAUAAAGGCAGGCAUGAAUUAUCGGCUUUAUGAGCUGGUGAACAAGCCAAGGCUUUCUGUAGCUGAAGAUUUUGAUAGAGCAUAGAAAAUGGCUUCAUAAGAGCUUUUGGCAUAUGAAUGUGGAUUUACUUGUACUACAUUUAUUCUUUAUCUUGGACAUUCGAUUUCUCCUUAUUAUAUUUGUUUUCCUGAUAUAUUUUCAACCCAUUCUAUAUAUAUAUAUAUAUAUGUUGUGUUA